AUGGAGAAAGACGAGAUGAUGAAGCUGAAGGAACGACGACGGGUACCAAUUGUCACUUUAAGAGGUCUAUCUUCUUCUUUUGGUAGUUCUUUUACUGAACGAGAACGAACAGGCAGUGAAGAAACGGAUUAUACGAGUGCAUAUACUGAUGGCAGUUUACAAGUUUUACCAGGUGAAGCAGUACUAGUGAAAAAUGAGAAGGUUUGUGUGAGAUUUCUCGAUCAAAGUGAACAGAUUGGAAAAUUAUUUGUGACGAAUUAUCGACUUGUCUUUAUUGCAGCAUUGACUAAUGUUGUGGAGAAAGGUCAAAGGGGACAAGAUGUACUGGAACAUGCAACGAUCAAAAGUCAUGGACAGAAAGAUGAACUCUUGUAUACGUGUGAGUUAGUACAUACAAAAUCAUGGGUAGCAUAUCAAGCUAUUCCACUUGUUACUAUUGAACGGAUCAAGCGAAAGGAGAUGGUUGAGACAGAUAGUGGACUACUUGAAGUUGUUGGCAAGGAUUUUCGUCGUCUCCAAUUUGUCUUUGCAGGAUUAGUAUCCAAGCAAACAUUUAGCAAAUUUGAUCGCACAUAUGCACUUGUCCGCUUGCAUGCUUUAGGUGAACCCGAAGGAAAAGUGGACGAGUUUGCAAAAUUCUCGAUGGAAAGAUUUGACGGCAUCAAUGGUGCAGUGGAUGGCUGGAGGACCUAUAACGCUAUGACAGAGUAUCAACGGAUGGGCAUAUCUUCUUCCACUGACCGGUGGCGACUCAGCUUUAUUAAUGAUGAGUAUGACUUGUGCCCAACGUAUCCGUCAGUAUUGGCAGUGCCAACUUCUGCCUCUGAUAGUGUGCUAGCAGUGGCCUCCAAGUUUCGCUCGAAAGGGCGGAUUCCCGUUCUCUCGUGGCGCGACUGCUAUACGGGAGCAGUAAUUUGUCGUAGCAGUCAGCCACUUGUCGGACUUGGGCAAAAGCAGUGCGACAAGGAUGUUUUUCUUAUUCAGGCUAUUGCAGCGACAAACCCGUCCUCAAGCAAGCUCGUGAUUAUUGAUGCGCGACCCUGGAAAAAUGCUGUCGCGCAGAAGACUGUAGGUCGCGCUGGUUAUGAACUCACUGAACACUACGAGACUCGGGAUACCACAGCUUCGCUGAAGUAUGGAGACAUGGAGGCAUCCGAGAACAACACGGCAGCGGCACCAUCUGCUGGUACCCCUUCAUCAACGUUUGUCGGGGCUUCGAUUUAUGGAAACUCAACUGAUGUGAAUGAGUCAAGUGAAUGGGGAGGCAUCCACACUCUGGAAACGAUGAAGUCGUCGCUAGUUCUGACAGAGUGCAAGCUUAUAUUUAUGGGCAUCGAGAAUAUUCACACAAUGCGUAAGAGUUACCACAGACUUAUGGACUUGUGUACCACAAAGCAAAGCAACGAGAAAUGGCUUGACCAGUUAGCCUCGACCCAUUGGAUGGACCAUAUAUCUCGUAUAUUGGACUCAGCUGUUGAAAUUGCCCGCAUUGUCAAGGAACAGAAGUCUAGCGUUUUGAUUCACUGUAGUGACGGGUGGGACCGUACAGCACAGCUUACGUCGCUAACAGAGCUGCUGAUUGAUCCAUACUAUCGAACCGUUGUCGGAUUCCAGCGACUAAUCGAGAAGGAGUGGUGUUCGUUUGGCCACAAAUUUCGAGACAGAACGUCACAUGGGGCCAGCAACAACUCGAGUGAAUCUUCUCCAGUUUUCUUGCAGUGGAUCGACUGCGUCUGGCAAGUUCUUGUUCAGUUUCCGAGUGCUUUCGAGUUUAAUGAGCGGUACCUCAUGCUUAUUCUCGAUCAUCUGUACUCAUGUCGGUUUGGCACAUUCCUGUAUAACUCAGAACGUGAGCGUGUGGAACAGGAAGCUCUCCAUCCAACACAGUCUUUGUGGUCAUUUCUAAGCACGGUAGAUCGUGCAAUCGUGAUAAAUCCUUUUUAUCGGCCGCACAAUGCUCCUCGUAUGAAACGAAAAGCGAGCGUCACAGCCACACGCCAGUGUUUCGAAAGGACAGUUGGUCAGUCGUACGAAAAAUCUCCUCGCGCGAUUCCUCACAAGACCCACGAAGACUGUGAGGUCCACUCGCUAACCGAAGACGACUAUCAAAACUAUGAGAGGGUCAAGGAUGCAUCUGAAUUGUCCGAUUGGUCAGCUGUACGCUCUAUUAGUCCCGCUUCGAUGGCUUGUCGGAGCACUGUUGCCGUGGCGUCGUCGUCAUCAUACUCUGGAGAUGAUACAACUGAUACUGGCGUGAAAGCUUUUUAUCAAACUAAGCUGCGACGUCACCGCUCCGACAGUAUUGAGUCACAACUUGGAGGCAAUACGUUUAACGGCUGGGUUAGCGAGGGUGAGUCAGAUAUGGCGAUUCUUCAGCCAGGGUGUCACCACAAACUCGUGCGCGACCUCGAUGCAGGCUUUUCGUUCCCACGACCAUUAGAUGAGUCGUCAUUGUCCAAGUUGACAUCGUCACCACCUAUCCCGCCGCGUUUUCGGUCGUGCUACGCCGGUACGAACGCAGAAAAUGGUGGAGCCGGUGCAAGAGUAUUGACGCCGACGUUUCGCUCGUCAAUGACAUCACUUUUCGUGCCAGCUGUAGAGCGUGUACCGAUGUAUUCGGAUACCAUGUGGAAUACCAGUGAUACAGAGGCUGUGUCCGAGGACGAUGAAAGUGGUCGCUAUGGUGCUCUCUCCUCCUGUGACGAAGUAAUCAUACCAUCCUGCUCGAUGAAGUCACUCCAUUUUUGGGCUCACUAUUAUUUGCGAUGGGACCCGAGUAGCCACUUUGACUGUGACGCAAGUGUUGAGUUGGAAACUUUGCACCUCGAGCUGAUAAUGCGCUUGAAAGCACUAGCAAAGCAGAUCGAUAUUAUUCGGGAGGAUGAAGCUGCAAAGUGGGAGCACAAGAUGCAGCAAUUUCUGUACGAUCCCCAAAGCCGUUGCGUUGACAAUGGUUGCGACUCAAGCAGUCAGUCACCACCACGAGAAAACCAACGUCACAAUCGACGAGUAUCAUCAAGAGGUAGCACAUCUUCUCCGGACUCUAGUUUCGCUGGAUCCAGGAACGUUGUAGCUAAUUCGAAAAUCCUCGAAGAACAGAUUGCGAAGUUAAAGAAGCAAAAACUGCAAAGAAUUGAGGAAGCGGAGAAAAUGUAUCAGGAAGAGCUCACUCGUUUGUUGCAAGAAUCAAGUCGCGAGCGAUUUGGAUAUAUCUAA